GGAAAGGGUUGAAGUCUAUGGUGUGGAAUGCUAGAAUGCUUAAUUUCAGUUCAGUGCUUUCCACUUUGGUAGUACAUACCCACGAUCGGUACAACUUUCAACGCAAAUAUUUUUGCUUGAUCUUUUCCUUUUAAAUGAAAAACUACAACGCAGUAUUUGCAGCAUCAAAACAUGUGUCGAAAAUUAACGUAGAAAAUUUUAAAAUAAGAACCAUGUAUUUUCUCACUUAUUUGAAACUAUGAAAUGUAGAUUGAAGCAUUUACUAUUACAUGAAAUAUUUCAAUACGCAGCGCCAUAUUUACUUGGGCCACUCGGCAACUGUUCGUUACUAUCGCGAACUGACGCUUUCGCGCAUGAGUGAGUUUAACUCGGCAGUCGGCACAUUAAUCUGUUGGGGCCUGGAAGUAUUUUGUUGAAUUUUGCUAAAAUAGGACUAUAAAAAUGUCCGGAAAAGUAAAAUAUGCUACAGACAUGGAAAAGUCCGUUCUUGUUAAUAAUUUUGAGAAGCGAGGUUGGUCGCAGGUUUCAGCUGAUGAAGACUGGAAUUUUUACUGGACGAAUGUCAAUACGACAAGAAAUAUCUUCAGCCUUGAAACUGGAUAUAGGCUGUCAGAUGAUCAAAUUAUCAAUCAUUUCCCAAAUCAUUAUGAACUUACUCGGAAAGAUCUCAUGGUGAAAAAUAUCAAACGAUAUCGCAAGGAAUUGGACAAGGAAGGGAGCUUGUUGGCUGAAAAAGAUGAUUCUGGUCGGUAUAUCCAUCUAGAUUUCAUUCCUGUUACUUUCCUUCUUCCUGCUGAUUACAACUUAUUUGUCGAAGAAUUUAGAAAGAAUCCGUCAAGUACUUGGAUUAUGAAACCAUGUGGAAAAGCACGCGGUAUCGGAAUUUUCCUGAUCAACAAAUUGUCUCAAAUCAAGAAAUGGUCUCGUGAUAGUCGAGCCGCUAAUUUUGCUCCACCAUCAGCUAGAGAUGCGUAUGUGAUAUCAAGAUAUAUCGAUAAUCCGUUGCUGAUUGGUGGAAAAAAGUUUGACCUGAGAAUGUACGUUCUUGUGACUUCAUAUCGGCCUCUUAAAUGCUACAUGUAUCGACUCGGCUUCUGUCGGUUUUGCACAGUGAAAUACACUCAGAGUACAAAUGAAUUAGACAAUAUGUUUGUACAUUUAACAAAUGUUUCAAUACAAAAACAUGGAGAUGAGUACAAUCCGAUCCAUGGUGGGAAAUGGACUAUAAGCAACCUUCGACACUUCUUGGAAAGUACUCGAGGGAAAGCCGUUACGGACAAACUUUUCGAUGAAAUUAACUGGUUGACUGUAUGUUCAUUGAAAGCGGUCUCUGGAUCAAUGGCAAAUGAUCGACAUUGCUUUGAGUGCUAUGGCUACGAUAUUAUUAUUGAUGACAAGUUAAAACCUUGGCUUAUUGAGGUCAACGCAUCCCCUUCUCUCACAUCGACCACAGCGAAUGACAGAAUCAUGAAAUACAAUUUAAUUAACGAUAUUUUAAACAUCGUCAUGCCUGGUGGGGAAGCCCCUGAUGUAAAAUGGAAUAAAGUACCCCCCAAAGAAGGUUACGGGCACUUUGAUCUUCUCUACGAUGAAGAACUAGCUCAACAAGGGGACACUGGAGGGCCCUCUAGUGAUAUUCGGGACUCCAGGAGUAGGGGUAUGAUGGGUCCCGGGGCAAGAGGCAGGGACCUAAGUCGCACAAGAGGGGCAACAACUUGGAAAUGAUUAGGAUUUGGUAUUUAUCAGAAUUCUAGAAAUGUCUAUGGAAAUUGACUACAUUCAAUUUUCCAUAUGGUCUGGUAGCUCAAUUCCAUUCCAAAUAAAGUAUCAGGGUAGUCAUAAAAGUCUUCAAAGUGCUAAAAAAUUUCAUUGCUACCUUAUAUAGUUUGUUGGCCCCUGUU